ACUCGCCUUUAAAGCAGCUCUAAGGUUUUUUCUCUUAAAGAAACGAAAUGACCAAAACUUACCUAAGGUAAACGCUUUUUAAACGCUUGGCCUCUGUGUUACAGCCAGUUAAAAAAAACAAGGAGUAGAGAUACGAAUGGGGUGUAGUAGCCGACUGCUCGCAGGCACCCCCAGGUUAUGUGGACAGAGCUAAGCCCAAAGUUGUCGUGAUUUUCCACUCUGUUCUGUCCAUGUUGAGGGAAGAUGAGUAGAAAGUGACACAGUAAGAGCCAGAAUACACCAGGUGAAGGAGAGAAUUGCAUUGUGUUUUGAGAAGUUUCACUGACAAGUUAUCCUGGGCUGUGGGACAUCACUAGCUUUGAAAGUGUAGCUGGCACCUCGUCCAUCUAAUCUGGUGGGUGUGUGUGGGGUGUUGGGCACGCGUCGGCCUAGCAGAUCUGAACCCAGGUGAUUUCUGUUCUCAGGAAGCUUUUAGGUGACAAGGAUCAGGCAUGUGAACAAAUAACCAUACUGUAAAGCUGGCUGUGCUGGGUCGCUAGAACAAACGCAGACACACACUCUGCGCUCUUGGAGUUGGGAAACCCACCUGCGUUGGCUUUUUGUGGGAGGUGGCCUUGAUUGGGCCUUGAAGGAUGGGUGAGAUUUACAGAAGGUUGGAAUGAGGCACUCCAAGCAAAGAACAGCAGAGGCUCAGCAGCAAGAAUGCAAAAAGGGAGUUCACUACUGACUCAAAUACCCGGAGCCCUGGGGUUUAGUCUCCUCCCUCCACAAGUCACAUGUAAAAGUCCAGUCAUGCUGGGCGCGGUGGCUCAUGCCUAUAAUCCUAGCACUUUGGGAGGCCGAGGUGGGCGGAUCAUGAGGUCAGUAGUUCAAGAACAGCCUGGCCAACACGGUGAAACCCUGUCUCUACUAAAAACACAAAAAUUAGUCGGGCAUGGUGGCGGGCGCCUGCAAUCCCAGCUACUCGAGAGGCUGAGGCAGGAGAAUCACUUGAAACUGGAAGGCGGAGGUUGCAGUGAGCCGAGAUCGUGCCACUCCACUCCAGCCUGGGCGAAAGAGUUAAACUCCGUCUCUCAAAAAAAAAAAAAAAAGUCCAGUCAUGUAAUUGUGCAACAAUCGUGUGACCUCUUAUGGAACUUCCAAUGGCAACUAAAAGCACAUGCAGCUAGUGGAUUUCAUCUGAGUGUUUGAGGUUCCCGUCUUGAAUGUGACUGUCGGAACUACUGCCCAGGGGGGUGGUGCAUUUUUCUGAGUUUAAGCAGGAGUCGGGAGUCCCCAAAAGGGAACACAAGACACCUUGAUCCUGGCAUAUCUUGUGUGCCCUCUGUGGGCCUCAGUUUGUUUCACAGGAUUGAAAACCUGGGAAGUUAGAUGCUCAUCUCAUCUGGAGAAGUUGUUCUGCCUUUGUUAAGGUGGAGCGGGAAUAGUCAGCACUGGGACGUGAGAAUGGACAGUCGCCUGGACCCACCUAGGGAUUCACCAUUUGCUAAAUGUGCAGCAUCUAUCCCAGACUACCGGGGCCCUAAUGGAGUGUGGACACUGCUUCAGAAAGGGAGAAGCGUUAGUGCUGCCGACCUGAGUGAGGCCGAGCCAACCCUCACACACAUGAGCAUCACCCGUCUGCAUGAGCAGAAGCUGGUGCAGCAUGUGGUGUCUCAGAACUGUGACGGGCUCCACCUGAGGAGUGGGCUGCCGCGCACGGCCAUCUCCGAGCUCCACGGGAACAUGUACAUUGAAGUCUGUACCUCCUGCGUUCCCAACAGGGAGUACGUGCGGGUGUUCGAUGUGACAGAGCGCACCGCCCUCCACAGACACCAGACAGGCCGGACCUGCCACAAGUGUGGGACCCAACUGCGGGACACCAUUGUGCACUUUGGGGAGAGGGGGACGUUGGGGCAGCCUCUGAACUGGGAAGCGGCGACCGAGGCUGCCAGCAGAGCAGACACCAUCCUGUGUCUAGGGUCCAGCCUGAAGGUACGUGCUGAUGACACCGUGAGUGAACCGAGCCCCCGCCCGCCCGAGGGUGUCCAGCUCUGCGGCCCAGCACUCUACAGACUUGUCCCUUGUGUGUGUGCGGUGUCUGUCUGCCUGCUUCCACAGGUUCUAAAGAAGUACCCACACCUCUGGUGCAUGACCAAGCCCCCUAGCCGGCGGCCGAAGCUCUACAUCGUGAACCUGCAGUGGACCCCGAAGGAUGACUGGGCUGCCCUGAAGCUACAUGGGAAGUGUGAUGACGUCAUGCGGCUCCUCAUGGCCGAGCUAGGCUUGGAGAUCCCCGCCUAUAGCAGGUGGCAGGAUCCCAUUUUCUCACUGGCGACUCCCCUGCGUGCUGGUGAAGAAGGCAGCCACAGUCGGAAGUCGCUGUGCAGAAGCAGAGAGGAGGCCCCGCCUGGGGACCGGGGUGCACCGCUUAGCUCAGCCCCCAUCCUAGGGGGCUGGUUUGGCAGGGGCUGCACAAAACGCACAAAAAGGAAGAAAGUGACGUAACCAGGUGCUCGAUGAAGAACAGUUGGCACUUUGCAGAUGGCCAGUGUCACGGUGAAGGCUGGGUUGCCCCCACGGGUCUAGGGAGAACUCUUUGGGGAUGACAUUUUCACCGUGACAUUUUUAGCCAUUUGUCCUUGAGGAAGCCCCUUGCACUGCUGCGGUUGUACCCUGAUACGGCUUGGCCAUCGAGGACACCUGCCCAUCCGGCCUCUGUGUCAAGAGGUGGCAGCCGCACCUUUCUGUGAGAACGGAACUCGGGUUAUUUCAGCCCCGGCCUGCAGAGUGGAAGCGCCCAGCGGCCUUUCCUCACUCACCAGGCCAGUCUCAGGGCCUCACCGUAUUUCUACUACUACUUAACGAAAAAGUGUGAACUUUAUAAUCCUCUCUGUACUGGAUGUGCGGCAGAGGGGUGGCUCCGAGCCUCGGCUCUAUGCAGACCUUCUUAUUUCUAUUAAACGUUUCUGCACUGGC